AUGUCAGGAUUGAUCAUGCCAAAGAUGAUGUACGGUACUGCGUGGAAGAAAGAACGUACCACCGAACUUGUUGUUCAAGCGUUCAAAGCUGGAUUCAGAGGAGUGGAUACUGCCUGUCAACCAAAGCACUAUAGGGAAGAUUUAGUUGGAAAAGCUCUACAAUCGCUUUUCGCGGAAGGCGUCGUCUCGAGAGAAGACGUCUUCGUACAGACUAAGUUCACCUCGAUAGAUGGACAAGAUCAGAAUCAACUUCUUCCCUAUGAUCCUCAGUCAUCAAUAACCGAUCAAGUGAAGCAAAGCUUUGAGACUUCUUUGAAAAACCUGGGUUUAGAUUAUGUUGAUUCCGUAGUACUUCAUUCUCCGUUACGAACUAAAGAGCAAGCACUUUCAGCAUAUAAAACAUUAGAAUCGUUUGUUGAUCAAGGUAAAAUCAAUUAUCUUGGUCUAUCAAAUAUCUACGAUUCCAAAUUACUCUUGUGGUUGAUCGAAAACGUCAGAGUGAAAAUUGGAGUUGUGCAAAACAGAUGGUAUGAGAACAAUGGAUGGGAUUGGGCAGUUUGGGAGAUAUGUCAAAAAUAUGGGAUCAGAUAUCAGUCAUUCUGGACCUUGACAGGCUCACCCACAUUGCUUCGACAUCCCCUCUUGAUCAAUCUAGCUCGGAAAUACGGCUUGACACCUGAACAAACGGUUUACAAGCUUUGUCAAAUAUGGAACAUAACGCCCUUAUGUGGUUCGUCCACGCUGACUCAUGUGAAUGAAGCUUUGGCAGUGGAAGGUGCUUCGGGUGUAUUGGAAGAUACACCUGAAGUGAAACAGUUGUGGGAUGCAAUGCAUUCUUAG